UCAUAUCAAUCAGGAGUUCCAGCAGGUCGUGUAUUCUGCCUGCCGUCAUUGACAGACACGGAAGGGAUAUCGUCGCCGUCGGCAAUGCGGCGUCCCUAUUCUGGACCGGAAGCAGCCACAGCCACCGCCACCGCCACGGCCAGUUGUAGGCGGCGGUUGAGAGCAUUCAAACGGUGGAUGAGAUCGCAGGGCAUAGAGUGCAGCGACACACUCGGCCUCCGCGUUGAAGAAGUAGAAGGUAAUGGAAUUCGCGUGAUUGCUCUGAGCGAUUUGCAGGAAGGCGACGCGGUCGUCCGAAUCCCCAAGAAAUGUUGUCUUACAAUCAAGACCUCUGGCGCUCGCUCUCUCAUCGAAUCCGCCGGUCUUGACGGCACUCUCGGACUGUGCGUUGCGCUCAUGUUCGAGAAGAGCUUGGGCCACCGCUCCCCUUGGUUUCCCUAUCUCCACCUCUUGCCUGCCGCCCAAUCCAUACCUCUGCUUUGGACUUUGGACCAACUUAACUCUCUCCUCCUAGGCACUGAGCUUCACAAGAUAGUUAAAGAAGACAAGGCCCUUAUCUAUGAGGAUUGGCAAGAGUGUAUCUUGCCUCUUCUGGAUUCAGCUCCUUUAACUAUCUAUGAGGAGCUGAAUCCAGACUUCUUUAGUGUUGAAGAGUACUUCGCAGCAAAAAGCCUUGUUGCUUCUCGCUCUUUUGAAAUAGAUGAUUACCAUGGAUUUGGGAUGGUUCCAUUGGCAGAUCUCUUCAAUCACAAAACAGGAGCUGAGGAUUUGCACUUGACCUCAAUAUUUCUGCCUCUUGUUCAUGUAAGUGAUGCUGAAGACAACCUCAAAAGGGACGAGUAUGAAAUGACUGAUGAUGUGGAAGAGAACCAUGGACUAGAUGAGUAUAAUAAUUCUCUGGAUGCUGAACAAUUAACUCAAAAAUCUCAAUUGAGACAGGGUUCUUGUGGCAAUAAAUGGGAGUGUUCCUCUACUUCUGAGGAUGAGCCCACAGUUCUGGAAAUGAUAAUGGUGAAAGAUGUCAAAUGUGGGGCAGAGGUCUUCAAUACGUAUGGAACCUUGGGCAAUGCUGCACUGCUACAUAGAUAUGGAUUUACUGAGGCAGAUAAUCCAUAUGACAUUGUAAACAUGGAUUUGGAACUGGUACUUGAAUGGAGUUCGUCUUUGUAUUCCAGCCGUCACAGUCGAAGGAGGUUGGCAUUGUGGAGAAGACUAGAUUACUCUGGAUGUGUGAGCCAGAACUCUGAAUAUUUUGAAAUCUCAGGUAAUGGGGAGCCACAAGUUGAGCUGCUGAUUUUACUUUAUAUAAUAUCAUUACCAGAUGAACCGUUUGAUCAGCUGGAUCUCACAGUAUCAUCAACUGAAGAGAAUUUAAAUGAAUGGUUGAGCAUUAUUUUGGAAAAAGGAGGCUACAUUCAAAGGGAAACAGCUGCAGAAAUGAGCAAGGAUCUGUUGCUGACAAGAAGUGUAUGUGAUGCCCUUUUGUCGCUUGCAAAUAUCCGGGAGAGCUUUUUUGGUUCGAAUUCCUUGGAAGAUGAUAUGGAAGCACUGAAUAAGUGUUGUUGCAUUAAGGAGAGAGAGUUGUAUUACUCUCUCAUACUGCGCAUAAGCGAGAGGAGGAUCCUUGAGAAACUCAGAAUUUAUGCUGCUGAAAGUGCUCAACUAUCUGCAACUGGUCAGAGUAAGAGAGCCUCUACGAUGAGGAAGAAGAUGAAAACAAGAAGAUGAUGAUGGUGAUGAUAUUAAACAGUUUGAUCUUGUGGUAAGACUACUACUACUCACUCACUCUGCUGCUAUUGUUAUUUAUUAUGCCUUUUGCUUUACCCCUUCCUUUCCCUUUGCUGCCCAACACACAAGGAGGAAGUGGGCUACUCCAGCUGGAUGUCCGUUCAGCUGCUUACAAGAAGGAGCAAAUGAAUGGAAUGAGUGGAAUAGAAGAGAGAAAACUGAUGUCAAUGAGAUUUGGUUGGAUUGGAGUAAGUAAUCACUGAAAUUAUACCCAGUUUUUGUAUUUGUUUUAGAGCUGUCUGUGGAAUUGUAUGGAAGAUUUCUUCUCCUCUUUUUUGGCUAUGUGAGCGGAGAUUCACAUAGAGAUUCAAACAAAACCCCCUUUCAAUUAUAUUCUUGCAACAAUGAAAAUCAUUCCAUGCUUCAACCCAGGCAUUACUGAUGCAUU